CGUGACACCUCACGUGACGUCACAUCCGGAGUCACAUGGUCUAAAGUCGGCUGAGCCAAGAUUCCGACACCAUGCAGAGUUUGCUAUGUUUGAUGCUGCUGUCGGCUGUGGGCGUGGCUAAAACAUCACCUUUUACCGCACCGCCGCCAUUGGACCCUGAAGUCCAUAUGAACAUUACAGAGAUCAUCAGGAGGUGGGGCUACCCGGCGGAGGAGCACCAGGUGCUGACGGAGGACGGCUACAUCCUGAUGGUCAACAGGAUUCCUGGAGGGCUGAAAAAGACACAAGGUCCCAGAAGAGCAGUUUUCCUCCAACAUGGCCUCCUGGCGGCCGGCAGCAACUGGAUCACCAACCCGCCUCCUUCCAGUCUGGGCUACGUGCUCGCUGACGCCGGCUGUGAUGUGUGGCUGGGGAACAGUCGAGGGAACACCUGGUCCAGGAAACACCAGAAGCUCCGCCCAGAUCAGGACGACUUCUGGAGGUUCAGUUACGAUGAAUUGGCUCUGAAGGAUCUACCUGCAGUUGUGGACUACAUCCUAAAGGAGACCGGCCAAGAAGACAUUGUGUACAUCGGACACUCUCAGGGAACCACCAUAGCAUUCAUGGCGUUCUCCACGCUGCCACAACUGGCUGCCAAGAUCAAGUUGUUUGUUGCUUUGGCUCCCGUGGCAACCGUGUCCUUUACCAGCAGCCCUUUGACCAAACUGUCUCUGCUGCCCAACUUCCUGCUUUGGGACCUGUUUGGAAGGCGGGACUUCCUGCCUCAGAGUCACAUGAUCAAGUGGUUUGCAGAGCAUGUUUGUGCCAAGCGUCUGCUCAAUGAGUUGUGUGGAAAUCUCUUCUUCAUCCUGUGUGGCUUUGAUGAGAAGAACCUCAACAUGACUCGGACAGCCGUCUACACCACACACUGUCCUGCAGGCACGUCUGUGCAGAACAUGAUGCACUGGGCCCAGGCGGUCCGAGGCGGGCAGCUGAUGGCGUUCGACUUUGGCGCGGCAGGAAACAUGAAACAUUACAACCAGAGCACGCCCCCCCACUACCGAGUGCAGGACAUGAAGGUUCCCACCGCCAUCUUCUCCGGGGGCCGUGACACGCUGGCUGACCCCAAAGACGUGGCCGUGCUCCUCACUCAGGUGUCCAAGCUGGUCUUCCACCAGCACAUUGACCACUGGGAACAUCUGGACUUCAUCUGGGGUCUCGACGCCCCACAGCUCAUGUUUCCUUCUGUCCUCAAACUUCUGCACACAAUACCCUAGAGGGCGCCACUGAGUGUGUGCGUGUGUGUGUGUGGGUGUGUGCGUGUGUGUGUGUGCGCGCGUGGUUUUAUUGAUUGAUUGAUUGAUUCUUUUAUUAGUAGGUUGCACAGUGAAGUACAUAUUCCGUACAAUUGACCACUAAAUGGUAACACCCCAAUAAGUUUUUCCACUUGUUUAAGUCGGGGUCCACUUAAAUUGAUUCAUGAUACAGAUAUAUACUAUCAUAUAUACUAUCAUCAUAAUACAGUCAUCACACAAGAUAAUCACAUUGAAUUAUUUACAUUAUUUACAAUCAGGGGUGUGGAGGGGGGGGGGUAUGGACAUCAAGUAGUGGACAUAGAGAGAGAGAGAGAGAGAGAGAGAGAGAGAGAGAGAGAGAGAGAGAGAGAGAGAGAGAGAGAGAUCAGAAGGCAUAAGAAAAAUUAUCUGCAUGUGAUUGUUUACAUUUGAUUAUUAGCAAUCAGGGGAGGUUAGUUUAGUUUAGGGUUGUAGCUGCCUGGAGGUUAGUUUAGUUUAGGGUUGUAGCUGCCUGGAGGUUAGUUUAGUUUAGGGUUGUAGCUGCCUGGAGGUUAGUUUAGUUUAGGGUUGUAGCUGCCUGGAGGUUAGUUUAGUUUAGGGUUGUAGCUGCCUGGAGGUUAGUUUAGUUUAGGGUUGUAGCUGCCUGGAGGUUAGUUUAGUUUAGGGUUGUAGCUGCCUGGAGGUUAGUUUAGUUUAGGGUUGUAGCUGCCUGGAGGUUAGUUUAGUUUAGGGUUGUAGCUGCCUGGAGGUUAGUUUAGUUUAGGGUUGUAGCUGCCUGGAGGUUAGUUUAGUUUAGGGUUGUAGCUGCCUGGAGGUUAGUUUAGUUUAGGGUUGUAGCUGCCUGGAGGUUAGUUUAGUUUAGGGUUGUAGCUGCCUGGAGGUUAGUUUAGUUUAGGGUUGUAGCUGCCUGGAGGUUAGUUUAGUUUAGGGUUGUAGCUGCCUGGAGGUUAGUUUAGUUUAGGGUUGUAGCUGCCUGGAGGUUAGUUUAGUUUAGGGUUCCUUCUCAAAAGCAACAACUAAUCCAAAUGUUUGUAUCUAAAAUGAAUAUUUCUAAAUGCUUUUAUUUCCUGUUUUAUAACUUUUUAAUUUGCUGUCAUUUGUUCAUCUUGUACUAAACAUGUUGGAGUGAAAUAAAUACAUCUUAUCUUACUUUA